UUUUUGGGUACUAUUUUAACUCCGCGCAUUUUGAACUGCGUUUGGAGAUACUUGUCGGUAGCUUGAACUCCUUCUGGUAUCAAAAACCAGCUUAAAUGGCUUUAAUGGAUGACAAGACUAACAGAGAUCCACAGCUCAGCCAGCUGGUACAGUCAAUAGCGUCGUCUUCGCUUAUUUCGGACAACUCUAUGUCUUUGCAAGCCUCCAUCGACUCAUCCUCACUUACACUCACGGCUGGAUUGGACGAUGCAGAGAGUAUAGAACAACUUGGCCCAAUCAUUAAGCAGAUUUCCGAGUCACAGAAGCAAGAAGCAUUCAUCGACCAAUUAGACGCAUUCAUUCGAAAAAAGGAUGGUGAAAUAGAACGCAUGUGCAAUGCAAACUAUCAGGAGUUUGUGAACUCGGUUGAUCAACUUUUGAAGGUUCGACAAGGCUCUUUGUCGUUGAAGCGCAACAUCGCCGAUUUGAACAAAUCACUUCGUACGACAGGAGACGACUUGGCCGACAAGAAAAUGGAGUUGUUGGAAGCUCGAAAGGUUCAAAAUAACCUGGAGAAGGCAAUGGAUUCGAUACAAGAUAGUUUAAUCGUACUUGAAUUAGCGGAAUCAGUAAGGCUCAAAAUGGAAAAUGGAAAGCAUUAUGCUGCUCUUAAGAUUCUAGACCGCCUGCAAACCCAACAUCUGAAAAAUGUUGCUCAGUACGGCUUUGCUAAGUAUUUGGAGGAAAGCGUACCCGUCAUGCAAAAUAUGAUCAAGGAAUCCGUUACGGCACAAUUGAAAGAAUGGCUUUACAAGCUAAGAAGUACGUCGAGGAAAAUCGGAAUGUUGGCAAUGAAAUACAUGCAAGAAAGACAAGAUAGGUGGCGACAAAGAACGGCUGAGAACCCCAAACUUAAAAGUCUUCAGCAUCACAACGUCAAUUCCGCGAUUGAAAUGGUUGUAAAUGAAGGCAACGAGUCCAACAUCUUGGAUGAGGUCGAUAUAGACUUCGAACCCUUAUACAGAUGCAUUCAUGUGUACAACACUCUAGGAACUCAAAACGAAUUCAAGAACUCCUAUGAAGAGGAUCGAAGAGCACAAGCCAAUUUAGCCUUGAAUAUGCCCAUCAAUUUGCGCGAUGGCAAUAUGGAUAGCUUCGAAACACUUCUUCAAGAUAUCGUUGGAUUUUUCAUCAUUGAGCAUGUCAUUAUGCAUAGCACCACCGAUUUCCGUAGCCAAGCAGAGGUCGAUGCCCUCUGGGAAAUGGUUACUACCAAGGUUAUCGCCGUCAUCUCUCAUAGUUUGCAUGGCUGUCGCGAUCCAGAGUUGUUUUUGCAAAUCAAGUACAGUCUACUCAUUUUCAAUCAAACACUGGAGGGCUUUAACUAUCCAGUGAAAAAUUUGCAAGAGACUCUUCUUACCCUGUUCCAGCGAUACUCUGAAUUACUGAUCAAUCAGUACAGCGAAAACUUUGAGAAGAUUGUCCAAGAAGAUGAAUGUAUGCCAAUGACCGUCAAUAACCAAGAAGAUUUGGAUGAAGUAAUGCAAUAUACGCGAUAUCAACCCGAUCGUGAUAUACUUAAACAAUAUGGUUUCCCUUUUACUUUGCCAUUUUCAAAAGUAUUUCCUACGUGCUGUCGAGAUGUCAGCAUUUUUGUUCAUCAGUUCUAUCAAUUUGCUGAAGGCUUUUCCCAAACGCACGGAGAAAUGGACGAAAUCCUCAAAAAGGCGGUGGAUAGUCUUCUCAUCACCAAAGUCAAUGCUAUUUUGCUCAAGAAAUUGGAAUCAACCAAUUUGUCACAGAUUGUGCAGAUUAUCAUCAAUAUCGAGUACUUUGAGUCUACUUGUCCAGACUUUGAAAUGCUGCUUAUGGAAACUCGAUCAUUCCAUCGAGCAGGUCCCAUUCAACUACGAGCCACUUCCACAUUUAAAGAGACGCGACAGACUGCAGAGAAGCGUAUCUUCAAGGUUGUCAACCUCAAACUCGACGAAUUCUUGGAGUUAUCUGAAUAUGACUGGAUGGCCGAGGAACGACAAGACCAACCAAGCCCAUAUUUGUUUGAUUUGGUGACGUUCUUGACAAACGUGAUCAAUGCUGCUUUACUUAACUUGCCAGAGUCAAUCAAGAGUCUCAUUUACUUUGACGCUUUGGAUCACUUAAGCCAUGCUAUGAUGGACCUUUUAUUGGAUCCAAAUGAGCCUGCUGUUACAGAUAUUGCUUUACAAAACUUCGAUGUCGAUGUUCAAUUCUUGGAAGAUUUCGUGAAAAACCUUGGUGACCCCACCAUUGUUGAUACGUUCUUGGAACUUCGCCAGCUUCUUACUUUGAUACAAUCAGACAAUGCUGAGGAGUUCCUCAACCCGCAACUGAAGAACAAAAAAUACGCAAGGAUUCAACCUCAGCAUGCUGUUAUUGUAAUGGAAAAGUAAGGAACAUCCAAAAUUUUGGGCUAGGUUUGCGAUCAUCAUAUUGACUUCUUUUGGCCAUCCUUAUAGGUUGAUGCGAGAUAUACCCACUACUACUCUACCAAGUGUUC